UUCCUUCUCCGCUCUCGCUCCCAGAAUGGGUGCUGGCGAUACUGGUGCUCCCCGGCCGGGCGGUUCUCAGCAUUCUGACUCGUUCACCAAGCGCGAAGCCGCCCAGGAGAACUUGUAUGUCCACGAGAAGGAGAUGGAGAAGCUCCGUGCCCUGAAGGCCAAGCUCUCUGAGCAGCGCAAGCACCUCGAUGAGCUGGAUAAGCACAUUGACGAGUUCACCAAGAACCAGGGCGGCGAGCAGAACUAGAUAACUAAUAUCUUUCCUCUUUCUCUUCUUUGUGUUCCUAUCAUAUGGAUGAUGUGAUGAUUUGCUACCAUACCUACCUUACCUACCUACACAUACCUAUCUAUUCUACUCUACUCUACUCUACUGUUAUCGGAAUACCGAGCGAAAUCGAAUCGAAUCGACUCGAUCAAUCACACAGUGAUCACUAUCAGCGUGGAUACAUAAUCUAUGUCUUUUUGAUAUGAUAUGACAUGACAUGACAUGUGUCUACCUACCUACCUACAUACGCAAAACAUGUAAUCUCUCCUCUCUACACUGUACAAGACAAUACAUAGCAUAGCCGGAAUAUCUACCAACACACACAAACACACAUUCAUGGCGAUUAUCAUUAUUCCCAUUCCAUUUCAUUUCAUUGUAUUGAUUGCAUUGCAUUGCAUCGCAAGACUCCACCAGCACAACAGCAACAGCAGCAUG